AUGAGCACUCAAUCUUUACAGAAUGGUAAUUUUAGCGAAAGUACUGAAGCUGAAAAUAGGUUAAUAGAAUUAGCAAAAUAUAAUUCAGAAAGUAUUUCAAAUGAUGACAUAACAAAGCAUAUGCCUGAUGUACCCCUUACAGAAAUAACAACUAUUAUUAAUAAAUGUUUAAAAAAUGGCACAUUUGAUUUGUUUAAAACCAAAGAUAACCUCUUAUAA